AUGGCAUACCCUCGGUCAACGCCCUCAGCGAGGGGUAUUCCUCUCCUCCGCGUUUUGUUCAUUGCGCUACUUGGGAUUUUGCCGUGUUGCGCAAGCCGGCCCAGCCGCGUGGCCACCGAUAGCGAAGAAUCUGUGAAUCCGCACUUCGCGAUUCAGAUUCCAGCAGAUGGCAUCGCCGAAGAUGAGCAGCACGAGGUGUCCCUUGAUGGGAGCAAGGUCCUGCAAAUCACUGAUAAGACUAAGAAAGCUGUCAUCGAUCCGCAGGAGUUCAAGACACAUGCGUAUGCUUACAAGGCUGGGGACGGAAAGUGUGAUGUGACAAAACAGGUAUCUUACCGUUCUCUGUUCCCAAAGGUCCCAGCCGAGUACAAUUUUUGGACUGCCAAAAACGUGUUACCGCGCGACGUCUUGGACUCGAAGUAUACGUAUACACACCCGCCCGCGGACCAGCUGGAAUCAGCUGCGUCAUUCUGUAUCAUCCUGAAGGUCCCCGAGGGAAACGGCACGAGUGUAAAAAAUCCAACUGGCCUUGCAUCCUUCCAGCAAAAAAUGCGAAGCCACAAGAUGAGCACUGUAGCUGGUGAUCAGCCGUUGGGUACGAAUGUUUCAUCACGCCUGAGGAAAGGACCUGAUGGUGUUGAUGGUCGAAAAGAAGUUCAGCGCGAAGGCCAGGCUAAAAAGCUCAUAUCUGUCGAGCCCGAGGAGAAGCACAAAACCAUCACCGUCAUCGUGCACUCCGCGGCGACUGGCAAGUUCGUUGUACGUGGAUCGCUUAUGGCGCUCGUGGGACUGAUGUGGAUGUUCUAG